CACAAAAUUAUCCAAAAUCAAUUGCAUUAAGACUUUAAAACGUAAACAACCAAUACACUUAUUAAUACGAUAAAGAUCGGUUUUUUUGUUUGCAAAGUCUAUUUAUUGAUAAAAUUAUAGACCAUCUAAUUUAGAUUUUCUUAAAGUUUAAUUGAAAUAUUUAUUCAGUUUUCGCUCAUGGGCAUUAUGUUUUACUUGAGAAUCGUCUGCUUGAAUUAAAAAAGGAGAAGAUUUGUUUCUGCAAGGAAAACCAACACCUUUUUUCGCCUUAGUUGAUAAUUAAUUUAAUCUGGUUUUCUGUUACCGAUAAAUCGCCUUGAGACCAAAAUCUUUGAACUCUGAUUAAUUUUCUUUCUGCAAUAGCAAUCAUGAGUCCUGUUAAAUUGGGUUCCAAUAACAAUCCUUGUUAUUUGAUCAUUUUGAAAAGGUUUCGAUACCAUUUUUCCUCAAGAUAAAAUUCUGUUGGGUAUGUUUUCAAUCAAUCAUUUCUCUUUCGUUAUCGUUAACCCGUAGGGUCAUCACUGCACCAAUUUCCAGAUCAAAUUAAAAUUGGACAGAAAAUGUGAAGUCAAGCCUAGUUCAAACUUGUUUUUCCACUUAAAUCAGAAUUUCUCUUUAUAUUUACCACCUGUGAACUUUCAUCAUUUUGUUGAAAACCAUGUUCAAUUACUUAUUUCUCUCUAUCAAUCAUACAUUGAAUCAAAACUUCAGGCGGAAAGAAAAACACCCACGCAUCAUCAUCCAAUAAUUGCCAAAUAAUUAAUUAUUUUACCACUUUAAAGCAGCAAAAAUUUUGAAUAUGUUCAUAUCUUAUUGCGUUAUUUUCAUUUGUCUGUUCCGUUUGGCUGAUUUUUCUUGUUUGCCGAUUAUUUUCCUUCAACGGAAGUAUAAAAGUUUACUAUGGUCAAGUACUGGAGGCCAGUUGAAUGAAAUUACGCUGAGGGAAAAAUCAAUCGAUUUCCAAGAACUGAACAGAAUAUGUGGAAUUGAACAUGUCAAGUACUUAAACCUAAGUGGAAGCAAGCUAAGACUUCUGAAAUCAUCAUCUUUUUCACGUUUGUUCAUGCAGACUACCACUUCAAAUAUUCCGAACAUCCUGCCAUCAAUCGACUUAUCAAAAACAGGGUUGACACAAAUUGACCCCGAAGUUUUCGAACCAAUGAAAAACUCGCUCAAAAUAUUAUAUCUUCAGGAAAAUAAUUUAAAUCGUUUUCCGGAAGCAGUUUGCCAGCUUUGGCAGUUGGAGAAUCUCAUUUUAGACCAAAAUAUACUAUCAGAAAAUCAAAACUUCAAGCUGCCCAUAAAUUGCCGAAUGGAAGGGUUGAAAUCUUUGUCACUGAAAUCAAAUCGUAUACCAAACAUAGAUGAGAAAUUUUGCGAUCUUUUUCCAAACUUGGAAGUAUUGAAUCUUCGCGACAAUAAUCGAAAUUUGACUGGAAUUCAGAAUUUGAAAAAAUGUUCAAAAUUAAAAACUGUAUAUUGGCCUACCAGUUUAUUUUCGUGUACGUGUCGGCUUUUCCGAGACCUUCGAUUCAAUCUAAUCGGACCAGUUGAUACGAAGUCGUCGCAUUACUACUUUUCAUAUGGCAGCUUUUCGGCAGCUGACGAGGUUCUCAGAUGCGAUCUCGAAACCAGCUCCUCCGAAGAGUUUCCUCUGGGGUCCCAGUUGUACAACGACCUCAGAACCACAAAUCAACUUUUCUGCUCAAAGAAGCUCAAAAACUCACCAAACUCAAUCAUUUCUGUUACCAUUCUAUUUUUAACCUUACGGCAUUUAAUCUUCUUACUAUAGUGUUGACCAGUAGUAAAUCAAGUGAAAUUUAGAAUAAACUUUAUAUUUCAGCAAGAGAUUUUUG